AUGGUUGACAGGAGCUUGCUACACUGUCGUAAAAAUGCUAAUAACACGAUGGUAGUCCAAAAAAAGUAUGCACAUACCGGCUCGAACGUCGCCCGGGUGAACAAGGUCCGCGCUGCAGCUUUGGGGAGUAGAGGCUGCAGUGUAAAGUAUGCUACUGAGUCCCAGAAAGAUAGACUGAAGAUGGGGUUGACAGUUGGAGUUUGGAAUGUCAGGAGCUUGCUAGGAGUUGACUGUUGUAAAAACGCUAAUAACACGAUGGUAGUCCAAAAAAAGUAUGCACAUACCGGCUCGGACGUCGCCCGGUCGAACAAGGUCCGCGCUGCAGCUUUGGGGACUAGAGGCUGCAGUGUAAAGUAUGCUACUGAGUCCCAGAAAGAUAGACUGAAGAUGGGGUUGACAGUUGGAGUUUGGAAUGUCAGGUCAUUGUGGCAGACAGGGGCUUACGCGUUGAUGAAGAAAGAACUUGAACGAUUCAGAUAUGAUGUGGUUGGUUUGUGCGAGGUCCGAUGGACAGGAGAUGGAGAAAUGGAAGGUGGGAAGAUAUUAUGGUCUGGAACAGAGAGGGAGCACGUCUAUGGAGUUGGAAUGGUUAUUGGCAAAAAAGCAAAAAAAGCACUGUUGGAGUACAAUCCAGUGAAUGAAAGAAUGAUGUAUGCGAGGUUUAAGGGAUACCCGAGAGACAUUGGUGUGGUAGUGGCCUAUGCUCCAAAAAUGAAUCACUCGUGGGAAAAUGCGGUAUAG